ACCCGUCUGGAUUAGAAAGUAGCGGGCUUUGGGUGGCAAGGAUCCCCGCCACUCCGAAAAGAACAGGACGGAAACCGAUUCUAUUCCACUGACCUCUUCUUCGAACGAUUCAGAAAACCACCUUCGACGAUGGCAAAGCCUCCAAUUCUUUCUCUACUCCUUUCCUUAUUGUCGCUCCUUCCCAUUUUGCUGGCUUACAGGCCUGGAGACAUUGUUCCGAUGAGCAAGAUGGGACAGUAUCACUCGUCGAGAACAGUUUGGCAUGAUAUGAUAGGUCGUCAUUGUCCAAUUUAUGGCGUUAAUCGCGAGGUUCUAGUUCCUAUACCGAAACCGGUCGGCUACACAGGAGCUGAUCCCUAUAAAAUAUCCUUUCAAGUUGGAAAAGAGAAGUUUCUAGUCCCAUGGCUUCUUGUGAUAAAUCGCAAAAGUGCAGAAGUUCCAAUGAUUGAUGUCCACUUGAGGUACUCUGGAAGUGAUCUUCAUGGUGUGACUGCCAAAGUAGUGGACAUGCCUCAUAUCUACAUUGAUACACAUCCACAUAUUAGCAAACAAUUCUGGGAUCAACAACAUUGGCCGAAGCACAUUCUUGUCCGUUAUACAUGGGAGGAGCAAUCAGAGAUUGAUGUGACUUCGGGAUUAUAUGUUUUGUUCGGAUCAGGUCUUACGCUAUCUUUUAUUCUGUCGGUUUACAUCUUGCAAUCAUCGAAGGACAAGUUGGCAAGGUUUGUAAGAGAAACAGUAGUUGAAAGCAGCAUUCCUGGCGUAGGAGUGGCAAAAGUGGAAUAGAGAGUUCACGGAAACACUUAGCAUAAUAUUAAGCUAGGCGUUACCCAUUCAAAGUUGAAGCUGAUAUGGUAUUAUGUCCUUCCAGAGGGUUAAAAAGCGGUAUGCAAGUUACCCAUUUCUUUUAAGAGACAAAAAAUUUAACUCUUUAUCUGUAAGGUGUAUGUAGGUUGGAGGACAUCGGCCUACGUCUACCUUAAAAAAGUCUAAUAUUACGAACCCCCAUAUAUUUUCAUUUUCUAGGUCGGGGAAGAAUCUUUUUUCUUUUUUCUAACUUUUUUAUUUUCUUUUUUGUAAAUGCGACUAAGAGUAGUUAGAUAAUUCUACUUUGGGUAAUUUCUUUACACCCUUUUGUACUUUCUAUUCCUAUUGUAUUUCUCCCUUACUGACUCGCAUCUCUUUUUGAAAGCUUCAGAUUUUAUUUUAAUCUCUGAAUUUUAUA